AUGUCGAACCUCACUUCACCCGGCCAUCAGAUGUCACUUGUUCCUGGAAUGGGCGUCCCCGGCGGGUACGGAGCGCAUCAUCUCGGAGCCUCGAUGUACGGCCACGGCCAUGCAGGACAGCCGAACCCUCAAACGGAGCGGCCCUUCAAGUGCGAUCAGUGCCCUCAGUCUUUCAACCGAAACCACGACCUGAAGAGACACAAGCGUAUUCACCUUGCUGUCAAGCCUUUCCCCUGCAACUUCUGUGACAAGAGCUUUUCCCGCAAGGACGCGCUGAAGCGUCACCGGCUUGUGAAGGGCUGCGGUAACAAGGAUGGCGAUAGCCAAAACGACAACGGCCGCCGCUCUCCACAGGAACACUCUGACGAGGGAACACCGCCGCUCAAGCGGGAGUAA